AUCUCAACAGGGAGGCUCAGUGAGUCUGGGUGUGGCAGCAUAGGUGUGUCUGUCUGUUGACUCACUGCCAGUAGCGACAGAUACCGCGGGGCUCAGAGUAACGUCUGCCCAAACCACUGUCUUUCUUCACGCAGCCUUUUAACGCAGGCACACAUCCAACCAGUCGCUCUUUUGGACGACACGCCGUCGGCGGAGUUCAGUUUCCUCUUACGGAACAGAAGUUCACCAAAAAGUAUUUUCAACAAUGGCGAAUGUUUUAAUUUCCCACAUCUGCUUGGCGUUGAUCCUGUCCCGUGUGGAGUCGUGUUUGAUCCCGAACUCUGUGUACAUAAUUGUGCCAAAAACAAUUCUACCUGGAUCCCCAAUAACAACAGUUGAAGUUUCCGACUGCGACACCGAAUCGAUCCGCUUAAUGUCGAGCGAUCCGAGUUUUUCGAUCACGAGCAACGGGGUGAUCGAAGCCGUAACGAGUGUUUCGGUGGCUGCGGCGGGGCGGACAUUUUCUGUGAGGGCUCGGGACAGCAGUGGACCGGAAAGUGAGAUGGUGGUUCACCUUGUUCACAGCACAGAAACGAAAAGACAGAUACCCACAGACUCUCUGAAACGCUCCAAGAGACGAUGGGGUAUCCCACCCUUCAACAUCUUGGAGAACUAUCCGGGACCUUUUCCAAAGGACAUUGACAUGAUUGUAUCGGACUCUUCAAUCAACUUUCCAGUGUACUACACCAUCUCUGGACCUGGCGUCGAUGAGGAGCCGAAAGGGCUGUUCAGUCUUAACCAAGACACUGCGGUGUUGACUAUGCAUAGCACAAUUGAUCGCGAGCAGUACCCAAAGUUUACAUUAAAAGCCAGAGUUUUCAAGAAAAUGAACAACGAGGAGACAGACUUACCUUUGAACAUUAUAAUAGAAGUGGAUGAUGUGAAUGACAACGCUCCGAUAUUCCGAGAACCACUGCAGUUUACUGUGCCCGAACAGAGCAUCCCAGGGACAGUGGUGGGGAAGGUGAAUGCUACAGACAGAGACCUAGCAGGAAGCCUCCACGUCAAGAUCAGGUAUUUUCUCAAGCCAGAGUCAGACCUGUUUGCCAUCGACCCAGUAACAGGUGUCAUCACCACGAAAACCUCAACCCUGGACAGAGAGGUAAAUGACAAGCAAAUGGUGACAGUAGAAAUCAGAGAUUUGGACGGUGCAUCUAACGGUCUGUUCAACACAGCAACUGCAACCAUUACGUUGGGUGAUAUAAACGACAACCCACCGACUUUCACAGAAACAUCUUUUUCAACCAGUGCCAAAGAAAACGAAAAUGAAAAACUUAUCCUUCGAAUUCCCGUUAAAGAUAAGGAUUUAAUAAACACACCAAACUGGAUUUCCCAAUUUAUCAUCACUAAAGGAAAUGAAAAUGGAAAUUUCAGAAUGGCCACUGACCCCGAAACCAACGAUGGGCUUCUGUAUAUCGCAAAGCCUUUAGAUUGUGAGCAUAACCAAAAUGUAAAGCUUGAAAUUAUGGCACGUAAUGAAGCCGACCUGACCACCAACGCCCAAUGGCUGACCAUCCCUGUGGAUGUCAAUGUUAUCGAUGAAGAUGAGGGUCCAGAAUUCUCAGCCCCUACCAUCCGCCUCAAUGUCAAAGAGAACACACCCAACGACACGGUUAUAGGAACUUACACAGCUCUGGAUCCUGAGACCAGGAGCAUCAACGGCAUCAAGUAUUACAAGGUCACAGACCCAGCCUCCUGGAUCAAUGUGGACAGAAACACUGGGCAGCUGAGGGUGGCAAACACACUUGACAGAGAGUCACAUUUUGUCCAGGAUGGGAUUUACAACAUCACCAUGAGGGCUGUUGAUGCUAGCUCCAAAACCGGAACAGGAACAGUCAUCAUUGUGUUGGAUGAUGAAAACGACGAAAUGCCAACGAUCCCUACCAGCGAGUUGUUGUUGUGUGAGAAGCAAGGACAGCUCGGCUCAGUGCUGGUUACUGCUGUAGACAACGACCAGUACCCGAAUUCUUCCCCGUUCAGCUUUAGGUUGGCAGAUGAUGCUGAUGGCAAAUGGUCUGUCAAAAAAUUGAAUGACACAGUAGCUACGUUGCAGCAGCUCAAAGAUCUUCCUACAGGGAUAUACCAUGUUUCCUUGGACAUUAAAGAUCUGCAGGGCUCUGGUCAAACACAGACAGCAACAGUGAGGAUCUGCAACUGCAAGAAUGGAGUCUGCCUUACCAAGCCAACCUCUACGUCAUUAGGGCCAAUGGGUAUACUGACUUUGCUGUUGCCUCUGCUCCUCCUCCUACUGCUCGGGCUACUGCUUGCAUUUUUCUGCGCGACAAAGAGAGAGACGAAACAAAUUGACGAUAUGGGAAACAGUGGUGGAAUCCUGCUCAAAUCAAACACAGAGUCCCCGGGGGAAGAAGUGGAUUCAAGUCUCAUCAAAGUUCCCGCUACAUUUGUUGAAUCAGCAAUGAAAGGCUCAGUUAAGGGUUCUAUGUCGGGUGCAGGAUGGAUGGCAAACAAUGGCACACUGGGCGCCAAAGGCAUCCACGAGAAUGGGAUCUAUAAUUCAGAUGUUGUCACAUCCGAUAUAGAACAGUACUAUUCUGACCAGUAUAACCAGUAUGGUGCUCCACAGUUCGCAGCUAAUCAUGUGGGUAGCGUUGAAGGCUUUGACAACAGAUUCCUCGUCCAGGACUCAACUCUUCUUCACAACUGGCAAACAAAUGGCCGCUAUAUAAACAAGAAGCUGGCCUACUUCGGAACGGAGGAGGACGGGCGGUACGCGGACGACGUGGUCCACGCCUACGGGUUUGAGGGGAAGGGCUCUGCUGCUGGCUCCGUGGGAUGCUGCAGCAACAUUGGCGACAACGAUAACCUUGACUUCCUAAACACGCUCGGACCAAAGUUCAAAACUCUGGGAUCCGUCUGCAGAAAGACAUGAACGACGGAGCUAAAAAAAUAACAGUGUUUAAUCCUCACUGUGCUGGAUGUAGAGAGUGGGCCUGGGAUCUAAAUGUUUGGUGUGCCCUUGAACAUGAAUGAGAAAAAGAACAAGCAGGGGGCGUCAGUGUGUUUGCACCACUCUGCUGUUGCUUAUUAGUCAUUAGUUAUUUUUAGCAAAAGUCUUUUGCACUGAAAACUAUCUAUAUGCAGUCAGUUGUACAUACUUUGUGUCUUGUUUUACGUGUUGUUUGCCUUUAGAGUCAUCCAUCCUUUAGCUACACCUGCUUCUCUAUGUAGAACGAUAUAUCCGGUGAAGGGUUGCGGGACUUUUCUGUCUACUGUAUUAGUGACGAUUAGGGGUAUUUUGGUUAUUGUUAAUAAUCAGUGUUCAAAGUAAAAGAUAGAAUUUUGCAUUUGUGUUGCUGAGUUUAAAUUGCUUGCUGAAUUUUAUAGUUUUGAUAUAUUUUUUAAAGAAAAAGAAAUACCUAAAUGAAAUAAGACAAUACAACUGCCUUCUUUACUAUUUCACAGGAACAUACUUCAUUUCAAAUAACUAGUUUGGAAUUAUUUAUGGAUUUGUUGAUUGUCUUCCACUGGUUUUCUAAAUCAUGCAGUAAUUAUCUGUGCUAACACAUUCCUCCGCAGCUCCUGACUGUUGAAUGGGCGUUGUUUCAGCCCCUUUGUGCCAUUGAGGUCGUUGUGACAUACUGACAGUAGCCCUGUGAAAGUCAUCGCAAGGGCGUGAAUGUGACGAGUGAGGUGUUACUGACACUGCCUGCAAAUGUUUGAAUACCAGACUGACCAGACUUAAGAAAGGCUAAAAAAGUGUCCUUGAACCUGCUAAUUAAAGGGAACCGUGUCAUUCCUAUUUGUGUAUAUUGAGGUUUUUUUUUUUGUUGUUGUAAUUUUUGCAUGGUCAUUAAAGAUUGUUUCUCUUGGUGAACUUG